CCCCACCUAUAUAGUGACUCGAUCGCGAUGCUGCACCAAGAUUUCUCCCUCCCCAGCCUGUUCUCUACAACGCCCAACCUAUCCCCUUGAUCCCCCCGCUCGUCUCUCCCCACCAUGUCCACCUUUGGUUCCCUCUACCGCGUCACGACCUUUGGCGAGUCCCAUUGCAAGUCUGUCGGCGCGAUCAUCGAUGGCUGCCCUCCCGGCAUGCGCCUGACGGACGCGGACGUCCAGGUGCAGCUAAGGCGGCGGCGUCCUGGCCAGAGUGCCCUUACCACGCCACGCAAUGAGCCCGACUUGGUUUCAAUUCAGUCCGGCACGGAGCAGGGGAUUACGCUGGGGACGCCCAUUGGCUUAAUGGUGCAGAACACUGACCACCGGCCGCACGACUACUCCGAGACGGACCUCUACCCGCGUCCGAGCCACGCCGAUUACACCUACCUCGAAAAGUACGAUGUCAAGGCAAGCAGCGGUGGCGGACGCAGCUCUGCACGCGAAACGAUCGGUCGUGUCGCUGCCGGUGCGAUCGCAGAAAAGUACCUCAAGGAGGUAUAUGGCAUCGAGAUCGUUGCCUUCGUCUCUGGCGUUGGUAAAGUCCAUGUCCCUCGCACAAUGGGUGGAGACGACGACGAGAUCCUAUCCGAGGAUUACAUGAAGCUCCUCAAUACGGUCACACGCGAAGAGGUCGACAAGAACACCAUCCGCUGCCCCCACGCUGCCUCGCACAAAGAGAUGACCGAUCUCAUCACUUCGACCGCUGCAAAGGCCGACUCCAUCGGCGGCACCGUCACCUGCGUCAUUCGCGGCGUCCCAAGCGGCCUUGGCGAGCCCGUCUUCGACAAGUUCGAGGCGAAGCUCGCGCACGCCAUGCUCAGCAUCCCCGCCACCAAGGCCUUCGAGAUCGGCUCGGGCUUCAAGGGCACUGAGGCGCACGGCAGCCAGCACAACGACGCGUUCUACGCCAAAGGCGACGGCAAGCUCGGCACGCGCACGAACUGGAGCGGCGGUGUGCAGGGUGGGAUCACGAACGGGGAGAACAUCUACUUCCGCAUUGGCUUCAAGCCGCCAGCGACAAUCUCGCAGGAGCAGGCGACGUCGACGUACGCGGGGGUGCCGGGCACGCUCGCUGCGCGCGGACGUCACGAUCCCUGCGUCGUCCCGCGCGCUGUGCCCAUCGUUGAGGCUAUGGCCGCCAUCGUCGUGAUGGACAUGAUGCUCAUUCAGGAAGCCCGCCAUGCCGCCCGCGCUCGGCUCGCCCCGCUCAGCCUCCCUCCUGGCAUGGGCCGCGCUGGUGUCGACCAGGUCAUUGAGGAGGUGAAGAAGGAUGAAGCUUAGUAGAUCUGUCAUAGAAUGUACUCAAGUGUACUAUUUAUCUUGCUUGUGUGCGUGUCUCCCGCCCAUCGCCUCCUAUGUUUAAUUGACUUUCCAGCAGACAGUGCUGUCCAAUACGAUGCGAUUUAGAUGUCAC